AUGUUAACAACAUCAGAAAAUUUUCCUGAACAAUUUUUACGUGUUCAAAAACAAUUUAAAGAAUGGUCAUCUUUUGAUCAAUUAUAUGCAACUGUUGAAUUGACACGUACAUUUCAAUUAUCAUAUAGUCAUUUUCUUUUUCAAUUAUUUCAAUCUCAUAUUUUAAAUCAGAAUGAUGAUAUAUUUAAUCAUAUUGUUGAUGAUGCUAAUUCACCAGAUAAAAUCUUAUGUACACUUCAACUAUAUUUACCAUUGAUAUCAACAAAAACAAUCAAUGAAAAAUUACUCGAUGCCUAUCGUGAUGUUUUAAUUUUUCUUGAUUUAAAUCUUAUUAAUUCAACAAAAUUUAGUUAUACAGAACAACAAUUAAUUAAUUUUUGUCAACAAAUAUAUUUUUUUAUUCAAACAAAUUCAAGUUUAAUACGAUUAUUAUCUCAUGUACCAAAAUUAAGUAAUUUAAUUCAAAGAAAAAAAUUUCCUCCUCCUUCAGAAAAACAACAAUCUUGUCAUCAACCAUUACAACGUUUUUCAUCAAUAAGAUCUAGAGAUCAACCAUUAAAAAAUUUCGUUUCAGAAAGUGCACAUACAUCAAUAAGUCAACAAUUAACGUCUUGA